CUUGCAGGAAACUUGGAGAAGCUAAACAGAAACAUGUCUUUGCCCAACAUUAGAAGAUGCAUCUUGAAUGGAAUAAAAUCAUUCCAGCAAAUUGGAACAUUGUCGAAUGCACAGUUUAGGAAUAGAAAAACACUUUAUUGUUAUGCAUCAAUGACGAGAAGUCCAAAUAAACAUUUUUCUAGGACAUUAAUCACUGUAUGUAUCAGAAACGACAUCAUGAAUAGAGUUACCCUGACAUCAAUAUUACGGAAUAAAGGGCCACAGACUUUAACUUCAAUGAGAUUAUACACAGUGAAUGAAAAUGCAGAAAGCGACGUGAAAAUCCGAGGAAUACAAAAAACAAUAUCACCAUUGACAACCAAACGUCCAGGAAGGAGAAAAAAGAAGGAUGAUGUUCCACUUGAACAAAAGGAGAGUGCUAUGAAUGCAGUAGCCUAUGCAACUGGGGAGGAGUAUUACUUAGACAAACUUAUACCUGCACUCAGGACGCAGGGGCUGUAUGAAAUACAGGAGCUGCCUUCCGAUAUCAAAGCUGAUGCACUGCACCUUACAGCAAAGUAUCACAUAGAUGAGAGAGAUGAAAUGAAGAGAGAGGUGUUCCUUUUCAGGGAAGGUUCAGUUGUCUGUUGGAAUUUGCCAGUAGAAGAGAGAAAUAAUCUUCUGACUUUCUUGAUGCCAUAUUCUGAAUGUGCCUAUGACUUGAACCUGGUGAAGCAUGAGAAAGAACAGCUUGAGUGUCAUUUCCAUGAGUCCAGCACAAGAUUAGUGUCAGGUGACAUCUAUCUGAAGUCAGGAGAAGAGAAUAAAGUCCAGAGGAACUUAGAGAAAUAUGCAUUCUCAAAUGCAUUAGGGCUGUCAGUGAAACUAGCCAUAUGGGAGGCCUCUCUAGAAAGAUACGUGGAUUCUAUAGAAUGGGUUACGGAGGCGAUGAGGCAGGGAAAAGAGGUGAACAUGUCAAGAAGUUUGGUGCUAAAGAAAUACGGAGAGGUGCUCUCAUUAAGACAUCUGAUCAACUUGAGCUCUGACUUACUGGACACUCCAGAUUUCUAUUGGGACAGAGAGGGACUUGAGAUGCUUUACCAACACAGCUGCGCCUACCUUAAUAUAAAGGGGCGAACCAGGGUGGUUAAUGAAAAGUUGAAUCACUGUUGUGAGUUAGCUGAACUUCUAAGCAGCCACUCAAAUGAUAAACAUCAUGUGAGACUUGAGUGGAUGAUCAUUGUGCUGAUCAUGGUUGAGGUUUUGUUUGAAAUUUUGCACUAUGUGGAAAGAUAUAUGGAUUCUCAACCAGCGCAAUCUGUGGAACAACCAACACAAUCCAUGGCACAACCAACACAAUCCAUGGCACAACCAACACAAUCCAUGGCACAACCGGUAUUGCAGUUAAAUCAAACAACAGAAUCAACACAAUUAAAUUCUAGGGACAAAAAUGAAGAGAGAACUUGA